AUUCUUACCACUAAUCAUCAACCACCCAAUUUCAGUAACACACCGAAAUAAAAAAUUCCCCAAUCUGCUGCAAAAACUCAUUUUUACAGCGUAUCGGAUUCUCACAUCGAACCCAAAGCAACAACCAACAAUGGAGCUGACAGCCCAGGAGCUUAGCCAAUACAACGGCAGCGACCCAUCAAAGCCCAUUUACAUAGCUGUGAAAGGCCGCAUCUUCGAUGUCACCACCGGAAAUUCCUUCUACGGACCCGGUGGUCCCUACGCCAUGUUCGCCGGCAAGGAUGCCAGCAGAGCUCUGGCCAAGAUGAGCAAGAACGACGAAGAUAUCACUCCCUCCCUCGAUGGCCUCUCUGACAAAGAGAUCGGCGUCCUCAAUGACUGGGAAAAGAAGUUCGAAGCUAAGUACCCUAUUAUUGGUCGUGUUGCUUCUUAAAAAAUUCUCUACCGACUUUUUUUUUUAUGUUUUUCAUGCUAUGUUUUCGUGCACCUUUUGUAUUGUAAAAAUUUGGUGCAAUUGCUGCCUUAUGGGUUUUCUGCAAGACUGUAUCUUGUUUAAAUUUGGCAACUGUUUUGGGAUAUAUAUGUGAUGUUGGAUGUCUUGUCCAUGAAUUCUUGAAUAAAUUAAUGAUGGGUUUUGUGUAA